GCGAAUAUCCCGUUUUUCUAAAAUGGCGGCGUGUGCUCAGGGAAACUGCCGGUUGUUCUUCUAAAGACCUGCAACAGCACAACUUAGUCGCCCGGUUCAAAACUACGGGAUAGUUUCUUAAUAUUUUUGUGACUUGUCGAAGAAAAAGAUCUAUAAUGGCGAAGCGGAUUGCUGAAAAAGAGCUGACAGACCGAAACUGGGAUCAGGAGGAUGAAGGAGAAGAGGCAGGAACAUUUUCAAUUGCAAGUGAGGAAGUGAUGAAAAACCGGGCUAUUAAGAAAGCCAAGCGUCGAAAUCUUGGCACAGAGGGAGAGAGCGGAGGAGCGUUUAAAAGCUUUAAGGGUUUCUGUCCGGCCCCAGCGGCUGCAGCAACUUUCUCCGUGUCUGGGAAUGGGGCUGGAUUUAAAUCCAUCUCUUUGACCAAUGGCAGUGCUCCAUCAGUCACUCCAACAUUUGGCGGUUUUAACUCCCCUGACAGUGCCAAGACGAACACCGGCACCACAUCAUCCAAUGGCCCAGCCUCCUCCUCAUCCUCCCCCUUAAACAGUGGUGACGGCAUAGCCAACGGCUCCGCCCCCAGCCUGCCCACUAUCUCUGGAGGAGGCAGUACCAGUAAGGAGUACAACCGGCAGCUUACAGCUCUCAACUGCUCUGUGCGUGACUGGAUCACCAAGCACGUGAAUGACAACCCGCUGUGCGAUCUCAACCCCAUCUUUCGCGACUAUGAGCGGCACCUGGCCACCAUUGAGAGCAACUACGGCAUUGGCGCAGCAGCAGGGGCACAGCAGGAGAAACAGGCAAACGCCACCAGAAACACACCAUCGUUCUCUUCCAGCAGUAAUGUUACAUCGGCUGCUCCUGCAUUGUUCUCCUUUACGAAGAACAAGGACAUUGUUGCUCCUGAGAAAAGCUCCAUUCCUCCAGGAGUUUCUUUCAACUUUGGCCAGAAGGUAGACAACUCUGUGCUUAGCUCAAUCAAGUCUGCAGGAGCUUCCGGGUUUUCGUUUUCUCCCACCUCCUCUUCUGCCACGUCUGUGUUUGGUGCAGCAAGCACCAGCGCUUCUACAGGCACCUUCUCUUUCAAUGCGGCCAAGACUGAAGCAGCCAGCAAACGCCAAGCAGAGCACAGCACCGAUGAAGAAUCAGAUGAGCCGCCAGUACCGGUAGUAAAAGAAGUCAAGGAGAAAGAUGCUUUUUACUCUAAAAAGUGUAAACUGUUCUAUAAGAAGGAAAACGAGUUUAAAGAGAAAGGAGUUGGAACACUGCAUUUAAAACUGGUUGCAGAGGGCAAGCUGCAGCUCCUAGUGCGUGCGGACACAAACCUAGGAAACAUCCUGUUGAAUAUCAUGGUUCACUCCUCCAUGCCGUGCACACGGACAGGGAAAAACAACGUCAUGGUGGUCUGCAUGCCAAAUCCCCCUGUGGACGACAAGAACCCCAGCACUCCUGUACCAAUGCUGAUCCGUGUUAAAACGCCAGAGGAUGCUGACGAACUACACAAACUUCUGCAGGAGAAGAAAGCAUAAGCUCUUUUCUCCAUCUAACAGACUCCCCAUGCCCUGUGCCCCCACCAUGAAAAUAACGUACAUCAUCUAUUGCCUGAAUGUGGUUUGCACGACUGUAUGCCAUCACUCACCUGACUCACGUUUAUCUUAUGAGCAGUCUUGACCUGCAUGCCAGCACACACCCUUUGUGAGCAUUGGCAACAAAUUUGAUCAGAUACUGUGAAAUCGUUAUGCAUAAAUGCUGGUUUUAAUUCGAUGGUUGCUUUUGAAUUUUACAUACCUUAAAGUGAAGUGAAGAUACAGGCUGUAAAACGCCUGCGUUCUGAACAUUCCAUCAGGUUUUUCAUUUUGCUGCUAUUACUAAACAAAUAAGGGGUGAAGCUGAGGAGUCUCUUUUUAUACAUCCAUGAAUGUGUGCAGAUUACAUAAAUUAGAUUUACAAUAUGAAUUGGAGUUCAGCUUUGUACUUCGGACCUUCAUAAUAAAAGGGAAAGUUAAUUUAGGGAGGAAUUGGAUCGUGUUUGACCUCUCCUAAUGCCUCUUCUUCCUAGAAAGAGAAUAAAAGUGUGUGGGAAAUUUAUAAACUACAAAGAAACCUUUAUUUUCUUAAACUUUUAAGUAUUUCUUUUUUGACAGUUAAUUGAUUGGAGGCAUGCAGGCAACUAGAUGUUAAUGUUUUAGAUUGUUCGAGGCCUGAAUAAAGUAUUUGUUUUUAUGUUUUGCUCAAGGUGUUUGCUGUAAUUGAUAUUUAUUCUGAGCAAGUUCUCUGUUUCUGUAGAGUGCUUUGUGUAAAUGAGUCCCGUAACCUUCCCUCCAUACAACAGCAAAAUUAACAUCCACAGCGUUAAGACUGCAAGCAAAUGAUCUUCAUAGUGCAUCUGUCCUAAGUGGAUCUUGGUUCAAUUGUUCUUGUGGUUUUAAUCGGUUGUUUUUUUAUUUUUUGUUAUUUUUUUUUUUCUAAGUGACCUUUGUAACGCCUUGGAACACAAGGCCUGCAUUCAACAAGCACCAAAUACAUUUUGUAGCUUUGUUAACCGGCUAAUAAAUCAAGCUGAGAAAUA